AUGAAUGAACCUAAAUCUGGGGCCGCUGCAAUCACAUUUCUAACACUGUAUGCAAUCUAUUUUGUUUUUGCAGUUUUUGCAGUUACAAAGCUAGGGUUCAAAACGCGUUAUUCAUUUUUGGUGUUCUUUGCAGCACUACGCAUAGGGGCACAAGUAAGUGCCACUGCUUUCAGUUCACUUGGACUAGAAACUGCUUCAGGAGUCAAUUGCUUAAUAGCAUACUUAGUGUUAGGAGCCGAAGGGUAUUUUACACUAAUUCUAUGUGCAUUGAGUUUUUUAAUCAAAGGAGAAUUUGAAGUAUAUGGAACAUCUCAAUUUAAACCUUCAAAAGAACAAGCCAAUGAGAAAUAUCCCGAUAGCCCUUCAAAAGCCAGAAGAAUGAGAUUCUUGUCCUUUGCAGCUACUUUCCAUUGGGUUUUGAUCCCUGCUAAUAUAUUGAUCAUUGUUGGAGGGAGUAAAAUGACUAGUAUUACCACUAAAGCUGGGAAUCAUGGUGAAGAAAUGCGACAAGCAAAGGGUUUGAGAGGUGCAGGACAAGGGAUUUUUUUGGCUGAAACGGUGGUUUUAUUCUUACUGGCAUUGUAUUUGUUUUUUUGGAGGAAUGUGAGAGGGUAUAAAGUAAAGGCAGUUAUAGUCGCAUGGCCAUUUUUACUUGUUCGAGGGAUUUUUGGGGUUAUUUCGGUAUUUGUUGAUAAAUUUAACUAUUAUGACUUUGAUAAUUACACUGCUGCAGGGUUGAAACCAUCGUUUUUGUGUGGCGAGUAUAUUAUGGGGGCGACCAUGGAAUUCGUUAGUGCUACUUUGUUAUUAUCCACAUUCUAUGUUCAUUAUAGAAGCGAAUUAAAAAAAAUCGAGAUGUGGAAUCGCAAGCGGCACUAA